AUGGCAAGCCGCGGCAGCUUCACUGGUUCCGAAUUCUCGGAGGAAGAGUUGGAGCUGAGUCUGCAUGCUCAGGUUGAUGAUGACAGUGUUGAUGGCAGCCUGGAAGGUCCCUUCCCUAACAGCGAAAGUCCCAGCAGUGGCCACAGUGAGGCAGAGGAAGGCAGAGUCAAGAAGCGCAGCAGGCCGGUCCGCUCCAAGGCCCGCAGGAUGGCUGCCAAUAUUCGAGAGAGGAAGCGUAUUCUGGAUUACAACCAGGCUUUCAAUGCUCUGCGAGUGGCACUGAACCAUGACUUGAGCGGCAAGCGGCUCUCCAAGAUUGCCACUCUGCAGAGGGCCAUCAACCGGAUUUCUGCGCUGUCAGUGUUCCUCAGCAACAACCCGCCUGCUGGAGUUGGCAAAGCUUGCAACCACCGUGAAUGCCACAUUCCACCUGCUGCUGGACUCAGGCCAGAAGCUGGGCAAGUGCCUCCUGGAACUUCUACACACCUGGAGCCUCAGGGGUACACUCCUUGGCACCAACCAAUGGGGCACCAGAUGCAGAGUCCCUUGAGCAUGCAUAGAAUAUCUUCUGAGCAGCACGUUUACAUGGAAAGCUUGAGGCACAUGGGCCCUCCCUGUCCUCCAUCGCCACACUAUUCUUGCUAUUCUCCUGAGGCCCAGCUCUACUCAGCCAGUGGUACCUGCGGGAGUCCUAUCAGUGACGCUACAAGUCCUCCUAGAUUUGGACGACUGGGGGAAGGGUUUGGCUAUCAGCCCGCGGUUUGGGGCUCUUGUUCCCAGGGCCACAUGGAUGGCUAUGGGGAGCCACCUCAGACUUUCCCCUUCUCUUGGCACAUGAACUACCUCCAGGACUCAGGCCCACAACACUGUUACCCAAUGCUGUGAUGCA